GUUUUUUAUGUGACCUAUGUACCUAUCUAGAUAAAAGCAUUUGAUUCAUUAUAAUAUUUAUAAGUUUAGUUGUGGGAGGUAAUCCCCGAAACUACUCAUCCGAUUUAAAAAGUUCUUUGGCCCAUAAUUAGAAUGGACUUUCAGGGUGGACAUAGACAUUAUAUUAUUCCAUUAAAAUAAAAGGGGUUUUCGUGGUGACCAACCUUGCAACGUAAAGCGGCGAAGAAACGGUCAAGGGAAUGCCAUGCAAACAAAUUAAUGAACCCAGUUUAGUAUUGCGUGCCAAUCAUGUUCUUUUAAUUGUUUGUACUUUCAUCCGCGGUUUCACGAGGCACAUACGUAUCAUUGAAAAAAUCACGCAAGACGCGUGCGGAGUUCACGCAAGUAAACGGUAAUAAUACGACUGUGCUUAUCGUAAGAAAGUACUUGUGGAGUUCCCGUUCACGUCUGACAAUAGUGUAUCAAUUAUAAUACAAAACAGUAUCUUUUCAAUCGCUUCGUAUUUCGUGUCAUUCUCGGAACGGUUACGUGUAAGUUCGUGACUGACCGCGACCGCCUCACGCCCGCCAGCCACGUCGAAGUUGCCCCGAUCGACCUGCGAAGUACUUACUACACGAACUUCGCUCGCACGCUGUGCCUGUAUAUACGGCAGCUACUGGCGUCAGCCAGACAGUUUCAGGUGAACCGUUGCCACGAAAACGUUGCGAGAGAAACGAAUGGGUGCCGGUACAACCACUACCAGUAAUACCAUAAGCGGAUUUUCGACGAUGCUUGUAAAUGACCGUUUCGCGUUUUUCUAUAAAAUACGAAUGAAAACUACUGUUCGAAUUACACGCGCAGCUGUGGAACGUUGAUGGCAACACGUUAUUUUAUCGAAUUUCGAAUGAAGCGUUGUUCCGCCUGUACUUUAGCCACUACUCGUUCAAUUUCUAUACAUGCACGCACAGGCAUCUGCUGAACGACACGAUUAGUGAUUUAUUCAACGAGUUUACGUACGGUUAGUUUGAGAUUGACCGCGUGUAUCUGAAAGACGCGAAGUGUGCCGAUAAUCGUUUAAUUCAAGAAUGGAAAACGAAAAGUUCAUUGGUUCUACCAUAAUAAUUGGGGCUGUAGUUGGUGUUUUUGUCCUUAUAACAGCUUACAUCGUUCGUCUGUUAAAGGCGGACACAAAACAAAAUGAACGAAGUCUCGCCGGAAAGGCAUCCGAACAACAGCAGCAACAGCUACGUCAGAAGCAAAAAAAGGAACACCAUCACCAACAAGGGCACGCCGCUUCCGGAACUGCAUCGUCAGUCAAGAAUAAGAAGAAAACUGCCGAUUCCCGUUGGAUCGGAAGAAGCGACAAGCAAACUUUUGCGCACCCGUGGCUUCUGACCUCACUUAAAGGACACACUGGACAAGUGCUCGACAUGGAUUUCUCCAGUAACGGAAAGUAUCUCGCUUCUUGUGCGGAAGAAGAGCCGGACCCUGGCGGCGACCAGGGCGCUACCAGUUGCUCCUCAUCGUCUUCGUCAUCUUCGUCGUCGUCGUCGUCGUCAUCAUCGUGUUCCUCCUCGUCCGACUGUAACAAAGAGAACAGCGAGCCGUCGAGUGCGGCCCCGUCUCCCCGAACCACCAAGGGUCUGUCGCGUCGUCAGCGCAAGAACAGACGUCGCGACGACAGCUCGCCGCCAGAGAACACCAACACCAAGAAGAAGCCCAAGCCAAAAAGGUCCGAUCAGUUCCUGAACAAUAGCAACAGUAGCAACAACGGUAGUAACAACAACAUUUCCUCCUCCAACCACUUCAUCAGCAAGAGGUCGAUACCACCACCCCACGUGUCCCUCAAACAAUUCGUGAAACUCAACAUCUCAGAGCGGGACUUGGCGUCGUUCCUACGGGCGUAUCUUCUCAGUCCCGAGCAGAUGUUGACGAUGGGUUACCCGGUCGAGAGCAGCUUGCAUCCGGGGAAGGCGAUCAUAUUCAAGAGUCCCAUAAGUGUGCCCUCCUAUAGUAUUAGUGAUUACAGACACGCAAAAAUUGACGUGAACAAGUCGCGAUUUGACGUGAAUGCACGUGAAUUCGUUCCAGGACGUAGAGGAAGCAACGGCGGGUGCGUGGAUUACGCUCAUAUCAAAGCCGAAUGGAAUGCGAAUCAUCACGACAGCGGCAACGGCUCAUCGGGCAGUUCGAGCGAUCUGGACGACGGCGAAGACGGUGGCGGAAGCGAGGCGUCGAAUACGACGACGACGUCGUCGUCAAGCGACAGCAACAUCAGCAGCAGUAAUUUCACAAAACUAGACGACGAUUGCGACACGUCGUCGUCGGUCGCUAAUAAAUUAGUGAACAAGAUUAAAGAGUGCGACUUGCACGGUGGUGACGUGGGCGAGGAACGCAAGUGUGUCAGGUGCGGCAAGGGAUUCUAUGUGGGUAGCGAUAACGAAUACGUUACCCAAGAACAAUGCCAGUAUCAUUGGGGCAAGUUGCGUAACGUGACGGGUAGACAUACCAAGAACUUGGAUAACGACAAUAGUGAGUACGCAUGUUGCCGUGGAAAAAGCGAUUCGCGCGGUUGCACGACGGGCAAAUUUCACGUGUGGAACGGACUGGCGAUCGGUUUCAACGGCCCUUUCGACUUGUACGUACGCACGCGACCCCGCAAAACGCCGCCCCCGGACGGCAACUACGGCGUCUAUGCUCUUGACUGUGAAAUGUGUUACACGGCCCAGGGACUCGAACUGACCAAGAUCACUGUCAUAGGUGUCGACGGACGUCUGGUGUACGAUUGUUUCGUUAAACCCGAAUGCGAAAUCGUGGACUAUAAUACGCGUUUCUCCGGGAUCACGGCCAAGGACUUGAGCAGAAAAGGCACCACGAAAACGUUACGGGAAGUGCAAAACGACCUGAUGGGAUUCAUAAAUGCGGACACCAUCCUCAUAGGGCACGGGCUCGAAAAUGACCUGCGCGCUUUACGUAUAAUACAUUCGACAGUAAUCGACACAGCUGUGACUUUUCCACAUUACAACGGAUUGCCGUAUCGGAGGUCCUUGAAAUCUUUGACGUCCUGUUUUUUGAAAAGGGAAAUACAGCAGAGCGGACAUGGACACAAUAGUAAUGAAGACGCGAGGGCGUGUAUGGAACUUAUGUUGUGGCGGGUCAGGAAAGACUUCCGAAGCAUCCUCGACCAUUACCAUCAUCAGUAGAGUCGAUCUUCGACACGACGACUACGCGCCCUCUCCCCUCGCGCCGCCCCCCUUCCCCUAAAACUGUAGGCGGCUCAUUUCGACAACGGUCAUUCAAUCUCAUUGUGCCUUUAUUUAUUAUGCAUCUCAUUUCUUCGUAAUCAUUUUUAAAUGUACUGUAAGAAAUGUGAUUUAGAUUUUUAUCUUUACAAGUAAAACAUUUCUUGUUUAUAA